UCCAUUCAAAGUUGUUAAGCAUGACAUUCAAAUCUUUCACUUGAAACCAAAUCUUGCUGGUUAUCAUUGUCGUGGUGAUGUCGGACAAGGCUUCAGUUACAAAGGUAUAAUCCCUUCCAGAACUUUGUCCCUAGUUCAUAGGUGUUCCUUGGACAGAAUAAAUGUAAUAUUGCCAUCCAGCAAAGCAUGAUCGUGUUUUAAAAGCUAAUUGUAGAACAAAGAUAUCAUAUGCUUAUGGCAGAAUAAUGGUCACUUGCCUACUGCUGCUAACUUGGAUCUCACUUCAUGUAGGGAUGAAAAGCUACCAGGACAGCUACUGAUUUUACAAAUGACCAAACUGGGCUUCACCUCUGAAAUGGACGCCUCACCAGUUCACUGAUUCCCAGUACGGACUGUUCAAUUGAUCACAUCUAGUGACCUUAUAACUCCAUCCAUAGAAGAAGAUGCAAAUCAACUCUUUCUGGUGGUCUCUCUCCUCAGACCACAGACCAUGGCCACCGAGCUAGAUGUGAGCAAGUCUCGCCGCUUCGACAUUGCCAUGUCGAGGCGGACACGGCGGUCCACGAGCCUGGUUGCUUGUUUCCACGAUCAGUACGUGCCAUCCCUGGCGCAUCAUCACCACCAAGAGCUGAAGGCAUUUCUCGAAUGCCAAGAUGCAGGGCUGAAGGCACUCCAACAAUGCGAGGAUGCAGAGCAUCUGGCACCGUGUCUGGAUGAAGAUGAGGAGCAAAAGAUUCCACAAGCACCACUCCAAUAUGAAGAUGACGAGUUGAAGAUUUCACAAACAUCACUCCAGUAUGAAGAUGACGAGCAAUAUCAAGAUGAGCAGGAGAAGAAAUCUCAGCAAUAUUCAGGUGAAGAGCAGAAGAAACCAGAGCAUUAUCAAGGUGAAAAGGAGAAGAAACCAGAGCAGCAUAAAGAUGAAGAGGAGAAGACGCCAGAGCAGUAUCAAGAUGAAGUGCUGAUGACACCAAACCAACAUGAUAGCAAUGAGGACACGGCAGCAGAGCGAUACCAAGACCCUGAGCAGGAGGCACCUCAACAAUGCCAAGAGGCAGAUGAGAAGGCGUCAGAACAGUCUGAAGAUGAUGAGGAGCAGCAGCAGAAGGCACAGCAGGGAUGCUGCAACACGGAGCAGAAGAAGCUGGAGCAAUUCCAAGGCUUGAAGAACCUAGGCACACCACAGCAUGCUGUGGACAGUGUGCCCCGGUUCUCCCUUCAAGAGUUGAUACAACAGAAGCAGCUUCAAACCAGUGAGGCAAAGCCUACAAGCAAGCUAGCCGGCCACGGGGAGACUGUCCUUCCUGAGAAUAAUGUUUCAGGAUCAGGAGGAGGAGCAGCAGGCGGCACGACGCUGGCCAUGGUGAUAAAGCGACCCGAGGGAGGGAAGAAGUCCAUGGGGAUGAUAUGGCGGUGCGUGAAGGCCUUGAACCAGAUGAUCAAGACCAAGCAUGGGUCCAAGAAGAACUUGCAUAUGUAAUUGAACAGGACUCAGGAGUACAUGAUUAUGAGUACAUGUGUUCGAGACUCGAGAGUUUCUUAGUAAACUGCAUAUCUCUGAAGAAUGCACACGCAGUUGUGAAGAAUUCAGAGUGUGCAAGAUCUGGUAAGAAACUCCAGCCGUACCGGGCUUUUUGCGCUCCGGUCUAUUACCGAUACCUAUAGCAAUAAACUGUGAAAUUUAGCUGAAGAUCGCCAGUCUGUUACUACUUGUUAUAAGAUGCUCUACUCACUGAAGUUGUGCACUAUUUGCUCGACGAUGUAACGGGUAAAAUGUCAAAGGAGUCGAGAUUAGGCUCUGAACGCGUGUGUUGCUGACUUCCUCUGCGAAGCUUCUUUUUAGAAGUGUGAUCGUGAUCACAAAAGGGGAAAUUGAUCGGUUGUACCGACACUUCUGCCCCAGGUCAGCAGUGGUUUUGGUGCUGGCUCCCUUUCUUCCUUUUUUGUGUGUCACGUCCCGUUUCAGUUUGGUGUAUGAUAAAUGCUGAGAGUACAAGUUAGAUCAAAAGAAAAAGGUGGAAGAGCUGAAGCCUGUGAAGUGUCUUGAGUUCUUGGGUUAGGUCUUGAGGAUGUUGUAUCAGUGUCACAUUGUAUGCCAUUGCCAUCACA